UAAAUUCUUCUGCUUUGGCAGUUCCUUCCCACAUUCUUGUCAUUCUCUUCCUAGGGAAUAGGAAGAGAAAGCACAUUUCAUCUAGGCACUAAUCCUGUUGGGCCAUGGAUGCCUUUAGUCAUUUCCAUUGUAUUCUGCUGCUCCUGCUGAUAUCUUCUGCUACCAGAGUCUGUGCAAACUUCUAUGAUGAUGUAGAUGUGAUGUGGGGUGCCGGUAAUGUCAGCAUAUUCAAUGAAGGAUCGUUAAUCGAAUCAAAGCAGGAAUUCUUGUAUGGGAGCUUCAGUAUGGUUAUGAAGCUUGUAAAGGGAGAAUCCGUGGGAGAUUUCUAUCUUAGUUCUGAGGGUGAGAUAGAUAUCGAAUUUUAUUUAUGGCUCGGCUCCACAGUCGACUUCCACAGCUACACCAUCCUCUGGAACCCAUGGCAGAUCGUAUUUGAUCGUGUAAAUAUUCAUCAAGCAGUGAUCCUGGUUACUGGUGGAAUCAGGCAGCUUAUCAGAGACUGAGUUACUUGCAGCGGGGACAAUUGAAUUGGGUUCACAAUAACAUUCUCGUAUAAGAUUAUUGCCUCGAUCUGCCCAGAUUUAGUUACACUCUUCCUGCCGAAUGUGCCUUCCAACGCUAAUAACUCAACUCCAUUUCAUUCCAAAUAUGUGCUCUGUAUUUAUAGCUAUGCUUUGCUACUCAAAGAGCUCAGAUUCCCCCAUUAUCUCUCACCUCAUCACAUGGCAAUUGUGUCUAUUUUUUAUCUAAUUACUAUCUA